GUGCAGGUAAGCGUCACAGGCCGUUGCGCCUGCGCGCUAGGACAGAGAGUGCUGUGAAAUGACGCUAAAGGGCAUGGGCGGCAGCCGUCGCUUGAGUGCUGCUGUCAACGAUGACAUUGGCGAGCGGAGGUUCUACAAAGAUCCAGGGAUGAACGGUGACCUCUCGAACGACACACAAGACAGUGCAACUAGUCAAGACACGGGCGACCUGGGUCAGGAUGAAGACAGUAUGGACUCCGAGAAAGCCCUCAAUCUCAUCAAGAAGUCAGCGCGGUCGGGCCUCUUCCACGAGAUGGACGACGAGCAGCUGGAAGCGAAGGUGGCGCCGGGCAGCGGCAAGAUGUCGGCGGCGGCGGCCAACGGCACCCAUGGGACCCAAGCGGGACCCAUGGCUGACAUGCUGGCGGCGGCCUCGACUCCGACACCCGUCGUGCCCCCGUCCGCGCUCGUGACCACCACGGCGGCCGCGGCACUGGCCGCGGCGGCCGCCGCCGGGCAGCUCUCGCUCAACCAGCUGAUGGUAGCUGGAGCUCAGGGCCAGCAGCCGAACCUUUUAAUGCAGGCUGGAUUGGCUCAGCAGUUGCAGCACGUAGGCAAGUUGCCCACGGCUUCAGGUCUUCCUGGACUUCCCGUCAGUAGCCAGGACCUCCAGCAGCUACAACAGCAGCUCCAGCAGCAUCAGCAAAAUCUUCAGAAUCAAAUGGGCCAGUUUGUGUUUUUGCAGCCAGGACAGCUGCCAGCAAAUGUACAAGCGCAACUCUUUCUGCAGAACCAGGGUCUCCUCCAGCAGGGCCUGAUGCAGCAGAGCCUGCAGAACCUGCAACUGCAGGCCAGCCAGGCGCUGCCCCCUGGGGUGCUCUCGUCGCAAGCGGCAGCCACCGUGGCGGCUGCCGCUGCCGCUGCCGCGCAGCAGCAACUGCACCAGCUUCAACAGCACCACCACCAGCAGCAACAACAGCGGCAGCAGCAGCAACAGCAACAGGAGCACCAGGGGCACAACCGGGCAUUGCACCAGUCGCCACACAAUAUGGCUCACAUUCAGCACAAGCAAGCGCCGACAGGUCCUCACCAAGUCAAAUCGAGACCAGCGGAGCCAAGUCCGGAGGAAAUGACGGACUUGGAAGAGCUCGAGCAGUUUGCCAAAACGUUCAAGCAAAGGCGGAUCAAGCUCGGUUUCACACAGGGAGAUGUGGGCCUGGCUAUGGGAAAGCUGUACGGCAAUGACUUCAGCCAGACCACCAUCUCCCGGUUCGAGGCGCUCAACCUGAGCUUCAAGAACAUGUGCAAGCUGAAGCCGCUGCUGCAGCGAUGGCUCGAGGACGCGGACGCCUCGCUGAACAACCCGGCUGCCCUCGCCAACGCCCACACCACACCGGAGUCGAUCGGCCGGCGCCGCAAGAAGCGCACCAGCAUCGAGACGAGCGUGCGUGUGGCGCUCGAGAAGGCAUUCGUGCAGAACCCCAAGCCCACGUCGGAGGAGAUCGCCGUGCUAGCCGAGGGCCUCUCCAUGGAGAAGGAGGUGGUCCGCGUCUGGUUCUGCAACCGGCGCCAGAAGGAGAAGCGCAUCAACCCGCCCCCGGGGGGCGCCUGCCGGGAGCCUUCGCCGCCGCCGCCCGGCCUGCACCUGAGCAGCCCGCCGCUGCCGCCGCUCGGCGCCCUCCACUCGCCGGCGUCGCUCGCGAGCAACGCGUCCACGCCGUCGCCCCCCCACCACGCGCCCACCCCGUCCGCCGCCCACCCUCCGCGGCCGCUCCCGCUG